ACAGGAAGCGACGUUUCCUUGUCGGUCAAGAUGGCGGCGUACAGUGCGUGAAGAGGACACCAGCGUUAGCUGGUUGGAACGUGGAGAACAUGUUUAAGACGCCAUGUAGCCGUGCGGCAGGUCUGGUUUGUGCCGGCGUGACCCCCACGCUCUUAAUAAACGUAGGCGGAAACCAGCGUAGCGUCCGGACUUUAGCGCAGCUCUGCAGGAGCGACCCGGCGCAAUGGAUCACCUUCCAGCAUCUGCGGUUCCUCAAGCGUCAGUAUGUGAAGGCGAGUGGUGUUCUGAGCCAGCGAGCUCGGCCGAAGCAGGAGCCGCUGGAAGAAAGAGAAGACGCGGUGCUCCGACAGAUUCCGGAGAUCCCAGACAUUAAGCCUGUGCCUCACGUGGCAGUUCCAAGCACGGAUGACGAGCCCGAGGCGGUCAGACAGGCUCGGAUCGAGGCACGGCAGUGGAAGGAGCUCAGCGUCAACUACUCGGAGUUACCGGGGAUCUACGCUCGGCUCUCGAAAAUCAAACUCACGGCGCUCGUGGUCACGACAGCAGCGGCGGGAUACGCCAUGGCUCCCGUACCUUUUGACCCCAUCACCUUCAUGCUGGCCACAGUUGGAACAGGUCUCUCUUCAUGUAUGGCUAAUUCUAUUAACCAGUACUUCGAGGUGCCGUUUGAUUCCAACAUGAACCGUACGAAAAACAGACCGUUGGUCCGAGGACAAAUAAGCCCCCUCCAUGCUGUAUCCUUCGCUCUUGCCUGUGGGAUCCCUGGUGUGACCUUGUUGACCGUGGCUGUGAAUCCUCUCACAGGACUCCUGGGGGCUCUGAACAUCUUCCUGUACACAUGUUGUUACACGCCACUGAAACGGCUCAGCAUCACCAACACGUGGGUGGGCUCGUUGGUGGGGGCAAUUCCACCCAUCAUGGGCUGGACCGCUGCUACAGGCACACUCGAUCCAGGUGCUCUGCUGCUGGGAGCGUUCCUCUACUCAUGGCAGUUCCCUCACUUCAACUCCCUGAGCUGGAACCUACGAGAGGAUUACUCGCGCGGUGGCUAUCGCAUGAUGUCCGUCACCCACCCCACCCUGUGCAAGCAGGUGGCACUCCGCCACAGCCUGGCCCUGAUCGGCCUGUCCGCUCUCGGACCCGUGCUGGACGUCACCACCUGGACCUUCCCACUCGUCUCUCUGCCCAUCAACCUGUACAUCAGCUACCUGGCUUUCCGCUUCUACCAGCGUGGGGAACGCCAGAGCGCCCGCAAGCUCUUCUUCUGUAGCCUCUGGCACCUGCCCAUGCUGCUUCUCCUCGCACUCACCUGCAAGAAGAGACGCCCGGCCGAGGAGGCGGGGCCAACAGGGUCCACUGAGAAAGCUAUCACAUUACACGCUUCCUCUUCUUAAAUCAGCUUGAUUUUUAUUUUUCCAUCGAGAAUGGCAGCUCGGAUCGAUCAGAGGAAGAACGUACGCCGAGUAAAGGUCUGAUUAUAUAUACGGUUGAUAAAAAGAUAAAAUUCCUGGACUCACUCAGGUAUUGAAAAGUGUGUAAAUAUGUUAAUUAUUUAAUUAAAUGUUCAUCUACACAAUAGCAGAAGCCACUAUAGCAUUGACUCUGAGUUACCAAAAUAAAAUUCUAGGAAAUUAGAUGCGGAGUGCAUGUCAUGCUGCACUGUCCUGAGUUGCAGCUCAGAUGUAAAGCCAAAAAUGCAUUAAUCCUGUGAUUCGUAUGCUAACAGAGCCAGCCACGCUGCUAUAUUUUAUCUGUGUCAUGACUGCAGCCUGUUUCACCCUGCCUUUGCCACUGGUGCUGGAGUGUUGGAGCGUCUUUGGAACAACUGAGCCAUGUUUCCACCAGGUUAAGACAUGAUCCGGUGUGUGAUUGAAUAUAGGAGUCAGUACACCAGACAAUGUCAUAAACGUUCACUUUGUUGCUAUUCAACAUGUUUCUUUUUCAGUGCCUGAUCUGCUUUAAUUGUUUUUCAUUGUUCAUGCUGUCUUUCAAUCACAAUCAUUUUGUACACUUCAGAAUCCUGAAUACUGUAAUCUGAUUGGCUGUCCACUUCCCUCCCUUAUAAACCUUAAUUAAAGAGACUUCUGUAUCAGGCUCUCUCGCAAAACCUGGACGUUUUCUCAGGAGUUCUAGCAGUUUGCUGCAGAGUCUCCACUCCAGAAGUCCUUAUUUACUUUAAUCAAGAAGCAGCACUGACCUACCAGGUGGAAACGGGUUCUGUGAUACUCCAGAGAGAGAGCGAGCACCUUGGCGUUGGCUUUCACGCCGUCCGACAUACUGUAUACACCUCUUGAUGUGUAACGUCUACAUCUGACCUCAAUGAAGAAAUGAAUCACCUGCGUGUGAUAUUGAAACAAAAAAUCUGUGGUGUUUAAAAUAAAUGUGUUU